AUGGCCCGGAGCAGCGCCUUCCCCGCGGCGGCCGCGCUGCGCCUCUGGAGCAUCCUCCCGUGCCUGCUGGCCCUGCGCGCCGAGGCCGGCCAGCCGCCCCAGGAGAGCCUGUACCUGUGGAUCGACGCCCACCAGGCGCGGGCGCUCAUAGGAUUUGAAGAGGAUAUUCUGAUUGUUUCAGAGGGGAAAAUGGCCCCCUUUACGCAUGAUUUCAGAAAAGCACAGCAGAGAAUGCCGGCUAUUCCUGUCAAUAUCCAUUCCAUGAACUUCACCUGGCAAGCUGCGGGGCAGGCAGAAUACUUCUAUGAAUUCCUGUCCUUGCGCUCCUUGGAUAAAGGCAUCAUGGCAGAUCCAACAAUCAAUGUCCCCCUGCUGGGGACAGUCCCGCACAAGGCCUCAGUUGUUCAAGUGGGUUUCCCGUGUCUUGGAAAACAGGACGGAGUGGCAGCAUUCGAAGUGACUGUCACUGUGAUGAACUCUGAAGGCGACACCAUUCUCCAAACACCUCAGAAUGCGAUCUUCUUUAAAACCUGCCAACAAGCCGAGUGCCCCGGAGGGUGCCGGAAUGGCGGUUUGUGUAACGAGGGACGCAUCUGCGCGUGUCCUGAUGGAUUCUACGGGCCUCACUGCGAGAAAGCCCUUUGCACGCCACGAUGCAUGAACGGAGGGCUUUGUGUGACUCCUGGUUUCUGCAUCUGCCCACCUGGAUUCUAUGGAGUCAAUUGUGAUAAAGCAAACUGCUCCACUACCUGCUUUAAUGGAGGUACUUGUUUCUACCCUGGAAAGUGCAUUUGCCCUCCGGGACUACAGGGAGAACAGUGUGAAAUAAGCAAAUGCCCACAGCCCUGUCGGAAUGGAGGUAAAUGCAUUGGUAAAAGUAAAUGCAAGUGCUCCAAAGGUUACCAAGGAGACCUCUGUUCAAAGCCUGUCUGUGAGCCUGGCUGCGGAGCACACGGAACCUGCCAUGAACCCGACAAAUGCCAGUGUCAAGAAGGCUGGCACGGACGACACUGCAAUAAAAGGUACGGAGCCAGCCUGGUGCAUUCCCUCAGGCCAGUGAGCGCCCGGCUCAGGCAGCACACGCCUUCACUUAAAAAGACCGAGGACCGCCAGGAUCCACCUGAAUCCAAUUAUAUCUGGUGAACUCGACAUCUGAAACGUUUUAAGUUACACCAAGUUCAUGGCCUUUGCUAACCUUUCAUGUGCUGAAUGUUCAAGUAAUGUUCAUUACAGUUACGAAUACUGGCCUGAAUUUUAUUAGCUUCAUUAUAAAUCACUGAGCUGAUAUUUACUCUUCCUUUUAAGUUUUCUAAGUACAUCUGUAGCAUGAUGGUAUAGAUUUUCUUGUUUCAGUGCUUUGGAACUGAUUUUAUAUUGUCAGUUGAUCAGGUUAAAAUGUUGCCUUUUCAGUGUGUAGUUGGCAGAUAAUUUUCACAAUCACAAUACAUUUGUGGUGUCCCAGGGCUGGGGAACAUUAGAGAAAGUAAAUUUUGCCAAAAAUGCAGAAGUGGCAAGGGUUUGGGUGAAGCCGUGAACGGUGCUGAAGUUAUACCGUCUCAAAUCCUAAUGUCAUGUAUUUAGAUAUUCGCGUUUUUUAAAAAUUGUUCUUACUAUUUUAAUUCUGAAAACAAUAUAUUUUGACAUUACCAUUAUUCCAGAGAAUUUGAUAUUAAAACAAAAGUAAGCAAGCAAACAAAGACACUGUAGUAGUGGCAUUAAAACAAUAUAAUAUAUUGUAAACACAAUAAAAUAAGGGCUUAUAAUGUAUGAACUCUGCAUUGGCUUGAAGCAAUAUAAUAUAUUGUAAACAAAACACAGCUCUUACAUAAUAGACGUUUAUACUAUUUGUAUGUAUAA